AUGACAGAUUUGGGAGUCAUGACAUACUUCCUUGGCAUGGAAGUAAACCAAUCUUAUCAAGGCAUUUUUAUCAGCCAACAUGCCUUUGCAUUGAAGAUUCUCAAUAGAUUCUGCAUGGCUAAUUGUAAAUCAGUUAGUACACUAGUAGUACAAGAAGAGAAACUAACUAAUAGUGGGAAUCAAGACAAGGUCGCUGAGAAGGAAUAUCGAAGCCUAAUAGGCUGCCUGCUUUACUUAACUGCAACUAGGCCUGAUAUCAUGUUUGGUGUUAGUCUCUUGUCAAGGUUUAUGCACUGCUGUAAUGUGACUCACUUUAAAGCAGCUAAAAGAAUCCUCAGAUAUGCCAAAGGAACAUUGAACCAUGGAGUUAUGUUUAAGGAAGAGAAUGAGCUUAAACUAAUUGGAUACUCAAAUAGUGACUGGGCUGGCUCUGUUGAUGACAUGAAGAGCACCUCUGGUUACUUCUUCACACUUGGCUCAAGGGUAUUUUGCUGGAGUUCAAAGAAGCAACAAACUGUUGCUCAAUCCACAGCUGAAGCAGAAUACAUUGUAGUUGCUACAACAGUGAAUCAAGCUAUUUGGCUUAGGAAGUUGUUAUUUGAUUUGAAUGAAGAGUAG